GACGUUAUCUAACGCUGUUAAUAAAUCUGCGUUUCAGUUUCUUCUGCGUUCGAAUUUUCGGAUUAUCUCGUUUCCGAUUUGCAAAAUCGCUGUUUUAUGCUGCAGUUGUGGUAGCAUCUUCUUUUGAUUGGAGAAAACAAUGAAAAAGCUCUUCUUUUUUAGAUCUUCGGCUGGUAAUGGAACUGAUAAACAGGUUAACUGCGAAAAAGCAGCGGAUAGUAAGAUGAAAACCCAAACUUGUAGUCAGGCUGAACAAGAGUUCGAUAGUCCUAAGUCACAUGGUCAAGUUUCUGGUGGUCCAGCUCUUAGACGAAGCCUUUCAUGGUCCUCGGCAGGUUUCCUUUUUGAUAAGUUUGGAGAAACUUCCAAGAAUGAACUAACUAGUGCUACUAAAAGCCAGGAUAGGCGGCGCAAUCAUUCAUCUCGAUGCUUCACUCCAGAAAGACAAGUUAGAGAAAGGCAGUGUGAAGCAGACAAGUUUCAACAUGAUUCAUCUGGGAGUUCAUCAUCUUGUUCUAGUAAUGUCUCUAGUAAAGUUCUGGACCGUUAUAUUGAUGGAGAAGAGCAUUUGGAACCGUGCAAGCAAAAGAGUAAUUCUUCACACAGUGGUGUUUCUGGGAGUAUAAACCGAAGGAGGCUUCCACCCCGGGUUCAGUGGACAGUCCCUACAUCACCAUCAGACACUUCCAAUGAGAAACGAAAGUCCCAGUCAUUUAGAGAAGCUAAAGGCACCCGUUUACGUUUCUCUUCUGCUGAUUGUGUGGAAAAUGGGUUGAGGCAUGGAUCGCCUCGUUCACUUGCAAGAAAUGUCAUUGAAAGACUCUCUCAGACUCAUGGCAAGUCAAAGGGUUCAAACCACGAACCCAUCACAAUUCAAGAUGUCUAUGGUGGAUCCCUUAAUAGAAAUUUUGACUCGAGCUCAGAUAUCGCCGCUAAUGUUUCACUAGCUGAACAUUAUGAACCUGUGAACGAGUAUUAUGCGCAGGACUAUGGAGGGCACCAGCAAAAUUGUAUACGUGGUAAGAACGUGUAUAAGUGUAUGGAAGACGAUAGUGACUCCGAGCUAGAAAUGAAAAUUAAAGAAGCUGAGAAGAGAGCAAAAUUGUUUUCUGCAGAAGUGGAGCAGCAGAGAUGCCUUUCAGACUGUGACUUUGAUGUUUCAUCUUUGGUCGGGGCAAUUAGAAAACUGGAAGAUGAGAGGCUCCACUUGGCAUUUGAGAAUGUAAAUCUCUUACGGUCCCAAAUGGCUGAGAGGGCUUCUGCCAGGGAAGAAAUCAGAUGGUUGAAGUCAGAUUGGGACUUGCAUAUACAGAGACUAGAAAAGGAGAAGAGCGAGUUGCAGGCUGGAUUGGAGAAAGAGCUUGAUAGAAGAUCAGGUGAGUGGACGUCAAAGCUUGAAAAAUUCCAGCUUGAAGAGAAGAAACUCCGAGAGCGUGUCAGAGAGCUUGCUGAGCAUAAUGUCUCACUCCAGAGAGAACUAUCGGCUUUCCAUGAAAAUGAGACAGAGAACAAAGACAUGAUAACACAUUUGGAGGGAAGAGUUGCUGAGCUGACCGCGACAGCAGAUGAAUUGCAUGAAGAGAACACUUAUGUUAAACAAACUCUCUCCCAGUUACAAGAGAGUUAUGAAGGUGCUACAGAAGAUCUUGAUUUCCUAAGAAGAAACUUUGAAGAGAAGGAUCAAGAAUGCAGGGAGUUGCACAAAUCUGUUACAAAGUUUCUCAGAACUUGCAAAGAACAAGGGAAGACAAUCGAGGGACUUCGAGAUGGUGUUUCCGAGGAGGGUAAGAAGCAACCGUCAGAGAAAUUAGACCAGUUGGUCAAGAAAUUGCAGGUCGAGCAGAUAAGGUUGACAGGGAUCGAGCUUUCACUUAGAAGGGAAGUAGAAUCAAUGAAGCUUGAAACUGACUCUCUUCGCCAUGAGAAUAUCUGUCUACUGAAUCGAUUGAAAGGGAAUGGCCAAGAAUUAGAAAGCACGACCCUUAAGCUAGAGAAUGAGUUGAAGAUGCGUGUCUGCUACUUGCAAGACCAAGGACUGUCAAUGUUAAAUGAGAGCAGCCAGCUGUGUUACAAGUUACUGAAGUUCAUCAAACGGAAAUUAACUCAGCUUCCUGAAACCUAUCAGGAUAAGAAUUCAGUGAAGGACGGAUUAAGUGAGCAGUUUAUGAUUGAGUCUGAAAUGAAAGUCCAUGGAAUAAGGCGCGGAACUGAAAACCUGAAGAGGAGUUUGCAAACGGUGACCAGUGUGGUAGCUUCGAAUUCAGAAUCGUCUUCCUCAAGUACUGGUAGGCCUAGGGAACAAAGAGACCAAUCAGUUGAAGAAACCCUGCGAGCCGAACUGAGUGCUGAGACCCUAAUCACAAGUUUAUUGCGGGAGAAACUGUAUUCCAAGGAACAGGAAAUUGAACAGCUUCAAGCAGAAGUAGCAGCAGCAGUACGAGGUAAUGAGAUUCUGAGAAGUGAGGUCCAAAGCAGUUUAGACAACCUAUCUGUUACAACCCACGAAUUGAAAGACUUCAAGCAUCAGAUGUUGAAGAAGGAGGAAAGCAUAAACCGGCUCGAAAGCAAUCUCCAGGAAGCGGCGAAAGAAAUGGCGAGGCUGAACGCACUAUUGUCAAAAGUGUCUUGUGAAAGAGGCGAGAUAUGGAGAGAUUUGAAACAAUGCUAUGAGAAAAACAAGCUUUUGAACUCAGAGAACGAGACAUUGAAAGGGAUGGUAGAUAAAUUGGAGGAGAAGGUAUUAGAGAAAGAAGGGGAGAUCACAAUACUACAAGACACAAUCGGAAGCAAGCAUCUUAAUCUCCUCUCAAGUCCUGAUUUCUUGGUAUAAGGGUUCUUCUUUAUAAUUUGGUUUCUUUCACACCUUUAUCAUUCUUUCUUAGAUGAUGGGUCAAUUCUUUGGGGAUUAUAGAUAUGAUUUUUAUCUUCUUUUAUUUUUCUUUUUCUUUUGGAUUUGCUUAUCUCAAAGCUGGAUUCUCUAGUUUCAGAUUUGUAAAGGGCUUAUAAACUUGGGGUGAAAUU